AUGUCGUCUCAUCUGCGUUGGGGGUGGUCGGCGGUUCAGGAGAAACAGGGGCGGAAAUCACCAUCGGUGCUGUUGGGGCUACCUAUAGAUUACAUGCGAUGGCAACCAGGUUCUUAUCGUCGGAGUCAAGAGCGCCUGGUGGUCUUUCAGCCAUCCAAGAGAGAAAUUCGGAAUCAGAUGGAGGUAGCGCCAACCGGAGUAGGUGGUCGAUGGUGGUGGAGUAGCGAUGUACGUCUGGUGGCAGCGAUGGUUGUUGACAUUGAGGCUGCUACUGACGGAGGGCUGACCGGUGGCGUUGGCAUUGACCGACAAUGA